GACUGAACUGUAUAGAAAAUUUCGUCGUGAUCUGCCUCUCCUUUCGAAAGUUAUCGUGUAAACGGCCGGACGGACAUACUGACCGAUUCUAGAGUGUACUCACUUUUUGAGUACACAAAAAACACGAUUCGUAAAGUAUUAAACUGUAUAACACAAUAUAUGGCAGCUAUUUAAGUCACAAAACUUAUAUCUAUCACUUCUGCUAAUUAGAAAAACUAAGACAGUAGACCUUCAGUUUUGAAGGCAUAAUUAUUACGAUUUGUGAUAGUAUGUCGAUCAUGUCUAUGAUAUUUUCAUGGUAAUGUUUGUUACGAUCUGUAGAGGAGGAUCCGAAAAUUCUGUCUCUGUGUUUCAACAUUCAUAUUAAUUAUUAGAUUUAUGUUUGAUUAAAUUAAUUCUCAAAAAUUCAAUUGAGUUAUUCUAUAUAAUGAGUCCCUACUUCUUUUUAGGCAUUACUUCCACUUGCAUUGGAAGGAACAUCUGUUGGUAUGACAAAAGCAACUCAAGCAUUAGCUAAAGUUGCUAUAACAACAAAUCCAGAAAUAGCUUUUCCUGGACAACGUAUGCUUGAAAUUGUACGACCAAUAAUAAAACUUUUAAAAAUUGAACAUACAGCAUUAGAAAAUUUCGAAGCAUUAAUGGCUUUAACUAACUUAGCUAGUAUUGGUGAAAGUGUUCGAAAACGUAUUUUAAAAGAAGAUGGAUUUUCAAGUAUAGAACAAUAUAUGUUUGAAGAGCAUCCAAUGUUAAGACGAGCAGCAGUUGAAUGUAUGUGUAAUUUAGUUGUUCAAGAAGAAGUUAUGAAAUAUUUUACUGGUGAAAAUGAUCGUAUUAAAUUAUUAGUUUUAUUAUGUGGUGAAAAUGAUGAAUUAUUAAUAAAAGCAACUUUAGGAACAUUAGCUGUUUUAUCAUCUUUACAAGCGGAUCUUGAAUAUAUAAAAGAUUUAAAUUUAGAAGAUGAAGAACGUAAACGUUUAAAUAAUUUAAUUCAAGAUAAUCGAAUUAUAUGUGAAAAAAUACUUGAUGUUAAACCAUUUACUGAAAUUUUUAAACAAUUAUGUGCUUGUAACAAUCCAGAUUUACAAUUUCGAACUUUUUAUAUAAUUCGCAAUAUAGUCAAAAGUAAUAAAGAACUUGCAAUACGUAUUGUUGAAACAGAAUUAAUGGAUAUUUUAUUUGCUAUUAAAGAAAUCAAAGUUGAUCGUCUAGUUAAUGAAAAGAAUCGUAAAAUAGCUUCGGAUAUUGUUGAACUCUGUUUGAAAUAUGGCCUUAUUCAACGAAAUAAAGAUCAUACAAUCCAAGAAGAAGAUGAAACUACAACUACGAAUUAA